AUGGGAUUCUCUUACAGUAUGGAUAAAAAAGAAGCAAAUAAUAUACCGGUAUCUGCCGAAAAUCUGGCAUUGGAUAAUACGUUGACCAAUGAAAACUCAACUAGUCAACCUAAAGAAGUAGAUAGUGAUUCGUUUUCUGAUGCAAGCGAUGAGUCAUCCUCUAUAUUUGGUGAUUCUACCAGUAGUGAUAAUUACUAUGACCCUAAAUGGAUAAGGCCAGAGGGUAUCCAUAAACCAGCCAACAUAACUGAAUCUAUGAAGUUUGUUAAGUUAUUAGGGAAAGGAGUUUAUGGCGAUGUCCACCUGUGUCACCCCAAGAGCGAUCCAUCGAAAUUGUUUGCAGUGAAAAGGGUGCGCCAAGCCCAUUUUCCCGUCGAUAGCAUCUUUGGGCUUGAGCAGAACACAAUAAAGGAGCUGCACGCCCUUAGAUCGCUAAAAAGACAUCAUGUUAAUAUUGUCAAACUAUUCGACUACUGCUCGACAGUCGAGUCUACGAACAAUCACUCUGAAACGUGCAUUGUUUUCUACCUUAUUUUUGAGCUUUGUGACAUGGACCUGAGUCAUUUUGUCAAAGAAAAUUCGGAAGCUUACAAGCCGCAUCACAUGGAUUUGAUCCAAUGCGCUCUAAACCACGCAAACUCUGACGAUUGUAAGAUAUAUGACCUGCUGACGUACUCACAAAACGUAUAUAUUAACGAUAAACUGAACAAUAAGACCAACCUCAAGGAUAAAAUACCGCUUCCGGCAUUGGAUGAAGACCUUGCAAAGGUCAUCAUGUAUCAGUUGUUGCAAGGGCUGUCCUUUUUACACUCAAACAGAAUAAUACACAGAGACAUAAAGCCCCAAAACAUAUUACUCAAGAAGAGUGAGGUUGGUGAAGACUCGUUUGCAACUAGAAAAUCGCCGUCUAGAUGGCAAGUGAAGAUAGCUGAUCUGGGCCUUUCCACUAUAGUCCCGCCGAGAUAUGUUGCAAAUAUGACUGAGGAGGUAGUCACUCUGCUCUAUAGGCCUCCAGAACUGCUUCUAGGUGACUGCAAGUACACGACGGCAGUUGAUAUAUGGUCAACGGCGGUCACUGUUGCUGAAUGCCUGAUCGGGAAGCCCGUGUUCAGAGGGAGGACGGAGUUCAGCGUGCUAAUGAGGAUCAUCUGCACGGUUGGGUGCUCGCCGAUCUCAGAAGUGGAUAGGUUGUCGGAAAAGCUGAAGUACCUGUCGACUCAUGGAAACCUGCAGACGAGCAUACCGCACAUUCAGAGAGACCCUUACGACAGUCUGAGGAAGGUGUUCACGGAUCACUUUGGAAGGCCGCUCAUCAGCGAGCUCGGCCUGGAUCUGAUGGUGAGGAUGCUGAGGUUCCUGCCGGAGGAAAGGAUAACUGCGAAGGAAGCACUAAAACACCCCUGGUUCAGGGGUAUAAGAAAACUACUGAAGCCCUCGGUGGUAGAAAAAUACGAAAAACUCAAAUGUGUAAUGCCCAUAGGAUACAAUGAUAUGAUGCCCUUGGCCUGCCUCGGAAAAAUCAAAAGGUUCAACAAGGCGCUGAAAAAAAGGAAAUUCGUGCACAGUAUUGGUUUUGACAGUUAUGUAGCCCAAUUUAUGGUGUAG